GCUCGAAGUUGGCCUGGGCGAAGCCUAGAUCAAUAUACCUUUUUUUUUUUAAUUUCUACACGUCUAAAACAUCAUUUUUUGAAGGAGCCAUCAUGAACCACUAGGGAAUCAUUUCUAAGUAAUCAGGAUGAACAAACUAUGCCUUCACCCGCACCUUUGCCGCACAUUAUUGGGGUGCUUGCCUGCUCAGCUCGUCGUGGUAUGGAUCAAAGUUUUUUCUCUCAUUCAACCUGAUCUCGAGGAGAGAGACACUUAGAGUCGAGACUCUCACCACUAACAAUUAGUCAAUUGAGACUUCCUUUAGAAGAGAGAUCUCUCCCCCUCAAUUUUGUUCUUCAUACUCUGGGUGAUGGGGCGUAGCGGUCGACUGCCGUGGCAUAUUCCUGAGGAGACGAAGCAUUUUCAGACCCUAACAAAAGGAGGUAUUUGCAUUAUGGGUCACUCUACGUGGCUGGAGUUUCGAGAACUCGGUUUUCAUCUUGGCUGCACUAAGGCAAGGCUGUUUGUUAAAGUUGUUGAUCAUCUGAAAGAGUAAGUUCGAUUCGAAAUUUAGAUAGCUUAAUACAAUGGAUGAAGUCUGCUGCAGACAUUUAUGCACGGAUUGGAUUUUUUGCAUAAGGGAAGUGUAUUGACAUGGUCUAUAAUGCGAGAGUACUAUUGAUUCAUUUGUUGUCCACCGAUUGGAGGAUUCUCUUUUAUUUAUCUUGUGCGUCCCUAGUUUGUGUAUCCUUCUCUUCGCACUUUGUUGAAACGAGGAUCUCUUCGCACUUUGUUGAAACGAGGAUGGCUAUGAUGUGAAUCCACCAAGAGGACGAGUAGAUGGACUUCGCAUAGACAAGGAUGGCUAUAAUAUGAAGCCUCCUGCAAGAGACGGUUGUAGACAAGCGGUAAUUGUUUCCCGAAAGGCAGAAGUUUUUGGAGCGCAAAGGUGGCUUGGGCAAGCGCUUCGCAAGGAAACAAGUUCACUCUUAAGGCGAAGGUUUUACGUCAUCAAUGAUCCUAGUUGUAAGAUUUUACUACUGAGAUUGAGAAGAAUUAUUUUUAUUUGAGUAUGAGCGCCCUGGGUAAGCAGAGAGUUCCGAGACCUCUGGCGAGAGAGGACAGAGCAGCUUAGGCUCGGGAACAAGGAAGAGGCCAAGCAGCUGCUCAAGCAGAUGAAGUGGACCGAGAAGCGAGGUCAAAACGCUUUCGCCGAAAGAGUGCGCAGGGAGGCAGAGGAGCACUUCUCCAAAAGCGGACAGGCGCCCGCAAUAGCGAAGAGAUCAACCCUGGGCGGUAAGAAAGCCAAGGAACACGACGGAAGCCGCUCGAGGAUAAGCGAAACAUUGGAACACGAAGGGGAGGUCGCCUACACCGCCAGGGGCAAGGCGGAACUACGCCGAGCUUUCUUCGAGGCUGUCUUCACCGGAGAAGAGCCGCCACAGCUACCAGAGCGAGAAGCCCGAGAGCUGCCACAGGGGUACAACCGCACACGGAGGCACAGUGGCACAGCAGGAGAAAGCGAAGAAGAGCGCGACUUAGAGGACAGGAGUACAACCGCACACGGAGGCACAGUGGCACAGCAGGAGAAAGCGAAGAAGAGCGCGACUUAGAGGACAAGGAAGUCGACGAAGCCAUAAGAAGACUCAAGACCGGCAAGGCAGCAGGCAGGGACCAACUAAAGAAGGAGCGCUGCGAGCUGCUAAGUGCGCACAGCAAGAGUCUAGUGAGGGAAAAGGUGCGCAAAAACUGGCGAGAAGGGGCCCUAGACGAAGGCGAAGUAGACUCACUAAUAGUGGUGCUACCAAAACCAGGAAAGGACCACGGCAGCACUGCAGGUUGGAGGCCUAUAGCCCUUCUGAAUUUCUUCGCAAAGAUCUUCGCGUCCGCACUAUACCUCAGACUUGUUGGCCCAAUAGACCAGGCACUCUCAGAAGCACAGGCAGGACGCCGACCCUGCCGAGGAGCUAUAGACAACACCCUGGCGCUACAGUUAGCGAUCCAGGCACGGGCAGCAGUGGGGCGCGCCACGUCUGUCUGUUUUGUGGACCUGACACAGGCGCUCGACACGGUGCCACGAAAGCUGGCGGCCAAGGCCUUCGAAGCAUACCAAAUACCACAGCAACUACAGAGGAACUUCUGGGCUUUGUACGAGGGGCACGCCUUUGCAGUUCGCAGGGAAGCAGCCGUCAGCGACUCAAGGAGCACGACCACCGGCACAGAGCAGGGCUGCCUUCUAUCACCCCUCAUCUUCAGCAUGUGUAUAAACUACGUCCUCGAGCGGACUGACCUAGGAGAAGGAGCCAAGAUGCACAGAGCAAAACUUUUGGAAAAGGACGAGGGAGCCGCAGCAGGAGAGGCGCGACUAGAUCAUCUGUUACACGCUGACGACAUCGCGCUACUAGCAGAAGACGAGGAGAGCCCAAGGAAAGCCACGCAGGGGCUGGUAGACACGAUGUAUGAAUACGGCCUGACAGUCAACCUCGCAAAGACAAAAUAUGUUGAAUUCGACCCCAGCGGGCAGGCGGAGAGGGCCGCGGAGGCAGGUGGGCUCACCUUGGAGCAAGGCAAUGUCGAGCGGGUGUGUGCCUUCACCUACCUAGGCAGCACACUAACCCAAGACGGGGACGACGAAGCGGAUGUCCUCAGCAGGAUAGAACGAGCCCAGAAGAAGAGCGGGGAGCCCUCCAAGGUCUUCGCGCACAGGAGCAUCGGCAGGGAGCUAAGUCUGCGCAUCUUGAGGGCGUUCGUGUUGCCGGUAGCGCUAUGGGGAUCCGAGGCCUGGACACUAACGAACAAGACGAGGGCUGCGCUCGACACAUGGUGGCACAAGAAGCUACGCUCAUGCAUUGGAGCCACGAAGGCCGACCACAUCCGCACGGUGGACCUGCUCGAGAGGACGGGGCAGGAGCAGCUCAGCAGCAUUGCCGAGCAGAGGCGACUCAGAUACAUCGGGCACCUAGUGCGAUACCCGGCGACAAGGUGGGCGCGAAUCGCUUUAGCAGCAGAAGGGGAACAAGCACAGGGCUACAGGAGAGGCAGGGGAGCACCGCGCGCAACCUACAGGAGGCAGCUGGAGGCUGACCUCAGGGCGAGAGGGGUGCAGCUAAGCAACGCAGAAAGCAGAGACCUCUGGGCACAAGUAGCAAGGCAGAAGCCUGGGUCUCGUCGUUCAUCAUCAGGGACAACAGGAACAACCGACAGACCAGGAACAAUCCAACAACAAGCUAGACUAGCGGGUAGAACUCGUCUGGGAAAUCUUAGGCAGCUCGCCGAAUAGAUUCAAUUCAUCACCGUGAACUCCUGGACGAAAUAACGAAUCAGGUACUGGAUGAAAAAAUUUUUAAUUUUUCUUAGACGUACAGUUACGGGACGUCUUCUAAAAAUUUCAACUACGAAACAAGGGCAUGAAGGAAGUUCAAGUGACCGCGAUGUAGUAUGGCACGUGCAGUCUCCCGGAGAGAGCGUAGGCUUAUUGGGCGAGCUUCUCGGAGCAUCUUAAGGCUUCCUCUCCUUGAAUGAGAUGAUUCAUUUGUACCUUGAGGAUCGCAAUAGAUUAUGACAAUCAAGAAAGGAGUUGUUUUUUGUGCAGGAAGUGAAUCGUCAUGCUGGAGGGAAGAGGCGUAGAUCCUGACUAAGAUCUGAAUUUGGAAGAGAAGAGGAAUUCAGCCAAAGAACCCAGCACUGGAGAAGACAGCAAUUUUUCGACGAAUACAUGUGCUGCAUCUACUUGUCGUAAUAUUAGUCCUACUACGUCUACCGUGCGUCGCUGUUUUAUGAUCGGAGGUGCGGUGGUCGCGGAAGCUUUUCUGAAAGAAGGGCUGAUUGCAGAAUUUUACCUUUCGAAAAUACGCACGGAAGCGUUCGAUCUAUGAAAAGGUGAAGGGUAGAAGAACGCUCACACCAUUAUUUUUUGCCUUAUAAUUUUUUCCUUUCAUAUGUUGAUGAUGCAGCAGCACGGCUUGUCUUGUCCGUGGAAGACACGGAGGAACCACUCGACGAGGCCUGCUUCGAUGCGACACGACUCUUGCCGGCUACGCUGUGGUCUAAAGAGAUAGUGCGUGAAGCUGAGGCUUUUUGGGUCGAACAUUACGUUAGGAAGUGAGAGGAUGAGACCUGUGUGAGGAAAUGCAGAUCACUGGGAAGUCUGCUUCAUUGGUCUUCGUUGACUUUGAUCUUGUGUCAAAAUCUUCACAAGAGUACACCCGAAGAUAAGUGUUUGUCUUCUUAUGUGAAGAUUAAUCACAGGAAGUGUUUGUCUUCUUACCUGAGUUCGCACCGUACGCUGAAUGUACAGAUGAAUCGCGCUUGCAAAGUAAGAGCAGAUAGUUGCCGUCAUGUAAUCGAAAUGUUGUCGCCUACUUCACUGAAGCUUUUCACGGUGGCUCACAU